AAGAGAGCGAGAGAGAAGUGCAGCAACAAGCAACAACCAACCACACAUGUGCUUGACUGCUUUUAAAUUAAAAGUAGAUAUAUAUAAUUAAAAUAAUAGUAAUUUUAAUUAUUAUAAAUUAUUAAAUAAUGGGUCGUAAAGCAAAAUACGAUGGAACAGUUGUGGCAAGUGGACCAGGAAGAAAAGCUAAAAAACAAGGAGAUCCAAAAUUUCCCAAGGAAUUAAUUGUUGCUGAUGAAACAAAAAAAUUAAGUAGAAAACAAAAACAAAGAGCUAGAAAACGUCAAUUAAAAAAAGAAGAAAAACAAAAAGAUGAGCCUAAAAAUAAAAAAUUAAAAACUGAAAAAAUUCAAAAGCCAACUAGUGAUGCUGAAUCUGAGAAUGAAGAUAGUGAAGAUGAUGAAGAGCAUACACCUGGUGCAUUUGUUAGAUUAAAUCCACCAAAAUCAGAUGGUGAAUCAGAAACAGAGAAUGAAGAUGAUGAUGAUGAAGAUGAUAAUAAUGACGAUGAUGAUGAUGAUGAUGACGAUGAUGACGAUGACAUGCUUCCUGUUGAAAAAGCAAGUAAAAAAUUGGAAAAACAAAAAAAAAAAGAUAAAGAACUUGAAGAAGCUGAAACAAAAGAAAUAGCUGAACAAUUAGUUUUUGAAUUUCCAACUGAAGAAGAAUUAAAAGAUCAAACAAGUUUAAAAGAUAUACAAUCAAGAAUAAAAGAUGUUGUUAUGGUUUUAAAUGAUUUUAAACGUUUAAGACAAGAAGGAAAAUCAAGAACUGAAUAUGUUGAUUUACUUAGAUCAGAUCUUUGUUCUUAUUACAGUUAUAAUGAAUUUUUAAUGAAAACAUUAAUGCAAAUAUUUCCAUUUGGUGAAUUAGUUGAAUUUCUUGAAGCAAGUGAAGUACAAAGACCAAUGACAAUACGUGCAAAUACAUUAAAAACAAGAAGACGUGAUUUAGCACAAGCAUUAAUAAAUAGAGGUGUUAAUCUUGAUCCAAUUGGUAAAUGGACAAAAAUUGGUCUUGUUGUAUUUUCAUCACAAGUACCAAUGGGUGCAACACCAGAAUAUUUAGCUGGUCAUUAUAUAUUACAAGGUGCAUCAAGUUUUUUACCAGUAAUGGCACUUGAACCAAAAGAAAAUGAAAGAAUAUUAGAUAUGUGUGCUGCACCAGGUGGUAAAGCAUCACAUAUUGCUGCUAUGAUGAAAAAUACUGGUGCAUUAAUUGCAAAUGAUGUUAAUCAAGAUAGAAUUAAAGCUGUUAUUGGUAAUUUUCAUAGACUUGGUAUUGCUAAUUCAAUAAUAACAACUUAUGAUGGUAGAAAAAUUGGAAAUGCUAUGAAAAAUUUUGAUCGUGUAUUACUUGAUGCACCAUGUACUGGUACUGGUGUUGUUGCUAAAGAUCCAAGUGUUAAAACAAAUAAAGAUGAAACUGAUGUACAACGUUGUUGUACAUUACAAAGAGAACUUUUAUUAGCAGCAAUUGAUUGUGUUAAUGCACGUUCUGAUUCUGGUGGUGUUAUUGUUUAUUCAACAUGUUCAAUUUUACCAGAAGAAAAUGAAUGGAUUGUUGAUUAUGCAUUAAAAAAAAGAAGUGUUAAACUUGUAUCAACUGGUCUUGAUUUUGGUGAAGAAGGAUUUACAUCAUAUCGUCAUCAUAGAUUUCAUCCAUCACUUAAAUUAACAAGACGUUAUUAUCCACAUAUUCAUAAUAUGGAUGGUUUUUUCGUUGCUAAAUUUAUUAAAUUUUCAAAUUUAUUACCUAAACAAAAUAAUAAUAAUGAAGAUAAUGAUGAUGAUGAUGAUAAUAAAGAA